CUUCCUUGCAAGUCACCUGACCCUGGCCAUCCCCAUCAUUGCAGCUGUCCUCUUCUUCUUUGUCAUCAGCUGUCUGCUCCAGACAAGCUUCAGAGAUCCAGGUAUCCUGCCUCGAGCCACCCCAAGUGAAGCUGCAGACCUGGAAAAGCGGAUCGAUAAUAUGGGUACCUCUACCUAUCGCCCACCAGCCCGCACGAUGGAAGUGGUCAUCAACAAGUAUGUGGUGAAACUAAAGUAUUGCUACACCUGCAAAAUGUUCCGCCCUCCACGAACCUCUCACUGCAGUGUCUGCGACAACUGCGUUGAGAGGUUUGAUCACCACUGCCCCUGGGUGGGCAACUGUGUGGGGAAGCGCAACUAUCGCUACUUCUAUGCCUUCAUCCUCUCCCUCUCCUUCCUGACAGCCUUCAUUUUUGCCUGUGUUGUCACCCACCUCACUCUGCGCUCUCAGAGAGAUGGAUUCCUCACCACUCUGAAGACAACGCCUGCGAGUGUGCUGGAGCUGGUGAUUUGUUUUUUCUCAGUCUGGUCUAUUUUGGGCCUCUCAGGUUUUCAUACUUACUUAGUCGCCUCCAACUUGACAACGAAUGAAGAUAUCAAAGGGUCCUGGUCAAAUAAGAGGGGCUCAGAGUUUGCUAAUCCUUACAGCCAUAAAAGUAUCCUCACAAACUGCUGUGCAGUGCUGUGUGGACCAUUCCAUCCCAGUUUGAUAGACAGAAGAGGAUUUAUCCAGCCGGAUGUUGGGACCCCGUCCAGUCCUAAGAGUGAAAUCCCUUCCUUUGGAGCCAAAACUGACACCAGCAUGAGCAUAACAGCAUGCGAGACCCUCAGACUCCAGCAGAAAGCAGGGGGUCCUCACUGCACCUGGGAAGCAAAUAGGUCUGGAGAGCCACUAGACCUCUGAGCCUGAAGGGUCUGCUCCAGAGAGUUGCUGUGUUUGCUGCAAGGAAUAAUGAGGUGGGCCAAGGGUGGGAGGUGGGGACAGGUAAACGGUUCAUGCUCUGAGUUAUACUGUCAAGUCUCAUCUUUCGGGCUGAUGACGGAGGAAGUUCGUUGGUAUUCCUGAUAUUUCCACGAAUGCCACCUCCUGCUCUGUGCCAGGGUGGAGGGGUUCUGUGUCUUAAUGGCUGGGUUCUCAGCCUGCUGUGGGAGCAGCUUUUUUUUUUUUUUUUUUCUGGAAGCUGCUGUGCCUUGGUAAGUUGUGGCUGUUUUCCAGAGAGGGCUCUCUGGCUCCCAGCAGAUGCAGAAGCUGGCUAGAUGUCCCAGCUGCUGGUUGAGUCUGACUUUUGGCUGGUCACUGAGGGAGUGCUGAAGAGCUCUGAGUGUUUGGGCUCUUUCAGCCAUUAAGAGCAUGUUUUGCAGCAAGGACACAAGUUAGGAAGAACCUCGUCUCCGUGAGGAAAAGGAAAAGCACACAGUGUUCUGCAGCUCUCAUGGUGAGAUGCUGCUUGGAAAGGGACAGUUGUAGGAUUUGACCUCGGCUUGCCAGGAAAACCUGGCUGGGUCCUGUCUGUAGGACACUUAAAGGCAAUAGAAGAGUAGGUGAAUUCCUGAGGGUCACAUCCUAGCUGGAGUAACACAGAGGAAGCAGUGAGUGGGUGCUGGUCUCUGAUAACCUCAUGUUGUGCUCUUGUUUUGGGUUUCCGGCCAGCGGCCUAGAGCAAGACUGUCAACAGGGCCUCAGGAACGAUUCCUAUGUGUGUCUCAGCGUGUCGUGAGCAGCCUUCUGUGGCUGCAGAGGCAGCUGGGAGAGCUGGGCCGAGCAGCCAGCUCUGCAGGUUACUAACACUGGAGUGUGCGUAGAGGAGAGUCACAGACCUUGUUAGCAAUACUUGAAUCGCGUUAUUAAAAGCUGCUGGAUGUUUUUGCACAAUUUCUAGAUUUUUUUUCUAUGUAGAACGUUUUAUAUUUGGUGUAGAUAGUGCUGUGCGUGUUAGCACCAGGGCAGAGACUUGCAGCGUUUUGUGUCAAGCUACUUGGUUAGGUUUCUGUGGGUCAGACACAUAUAUUUCAACCUCAGGCAGAGUCAGCACGUGCGUGGGGCAGCCUGUCGCCGCUGAAUUAGCCGGCGUUGUGCUUUACACACUGUGAAUGACUGAGCCAGCCCACGUGCAGGAGGGAGCUGCCCCUGCUAGCGCAGGCGGAGGGGAGCGAGGCUGUCAGUGCUGCUUCGGGGUGUGCAGGGGGACCGCAGAGCGGCAGCCUCGUGCAGUGCGGCCGCUGCUUGGCUCUCAGAGUUCCCUCCCAGCCUCCCAAGACUCUGGCACUCUUUGCAACCCGGUUCGGUUGUCAGUUAUGGGAUGCUACAGACACCCCCAAUCCUACUAUCAAAAGAGCCCCUUUGCCUUUUUCCCCUACCUCUCUGGGGAUGGGAUGUGGAAAAGCAAGUUCCUGGGCUGUUUUUUCUUUGAGUGGAUUACCAUUUUGCUUCUUGGACCUUGGAAAGGUGCCCUUUGCCUUAUGUUUCUGGCUUGCUGCAUGGAGAUCUUGGUGCUUGUUUGCUGUGACCACUAGCUCUACCUUCCCCUCUGUGAAGAGCCAGAGCUGCAGCUUGACAGCUCCCUGUUGCUGUGAGAGGGUAGGGCGGCUCCAGCGUGAUAUGCUGACAUCUGCCUCGUUUACUCCUGGUGACCAGUCCAAAGUCCAACGGUUUCCACCAGCAGUUGGUUAGCUGCGUGCUGCAAGCCUGCACUCUCCGUGCAGGUACCUCAGGGUGGUGUUGCUGCCCUGGAGCCUGUCUGGCCUGCCUCUUGCCAGGAAGUUGAGGUGAGCGUGUGGCCGCGGCUGAACUUCUACCGGAUCCCAGCAGAUGGCCCUCGCUGCCUGGGGCUGAGCACUCGGGGAAGCUCCCAGUGCCGCUCUGCCAGCUUGACCCAGCAAGCCCCAGCCCCCGAGCCUUGUGCCAUCUCCUGCCCCAGUUCACCAGCCAGGCCACCUUAGUGUGACAGCAUAAAAGCCAGUGUUGCUUCUGGAGAGGAAGUGAGCUGGCUGCCGUGCCGUAAUCUCCCUGCUUCUCUUGCACUGAUGUUCCCAAUGUCCCUGUCGUCAAAGAGCCUCGACACUACCUUCUGGCGGCGGGCUUGGGGACAGGGCAGGAAAGCCAAGCUGUGCGGAGAGGGGCUGGUGCUCAGGGAGUGAGGAACGGAGAUUACCUGAGGCUGGGGAGAGCAAUGUGUGGGGGUGCUAUUGGGGGCCAAACGCCUUCCUGCUUUUAUUUAAACUGGUUUCUUUUGUUACUCGCAUAAUAAAAUUAUAUUUUUAAAGAGUUAA